AUGCUGCUCACACCUCGCACCUACUCCCUAGCCCAAGUCGCCGACCAAGGCCGAAAGCGAGCUGAGUACUCGUACUUCACCUGCGCUGUGUCGCGAAAGGAGUUACAGGCAGAGGAACGUCGUGCGCGAAAGAUGCUGCUGCUGCACCAGACUGGCGCGGUCAAAGUUGGCGAGGUCGUGAGAUAUACCGUCACAUACACACCCUCUGAAGAUCGAAUUCUACCGCCCCCAGCGCAUCUCCAUGUUCGCAUACGCAACACUUCGGCCAUUCCACUACGCGCCGCAUACCUCCAUGGCCCUUACACCAUACACGUCUCUGCAUACCCCUCGACGUUUAAUCCAAACAAGAAGGCCAAGGACCCAAAGCUCUAUGGCGUCCCGGACUUUGAGCCAAACGUCAAGGCUGGCGGAUACUGGAACACGCGACUGACGGUACCAGACCAUCUCAGGAAAGAAGGGGCAAGGCAUGAGGAUGCAUCACCAAAGAGUGCAACUUGGAUCAUCGAAAUCGCCUCGCAGAUCAUCUUCUCGAAUUCUGCCUCUGUUCACUACGAGCUGUUAGUGGCACGCGACGAGCGUUCACUGGACCUGGGCUUUACAGCUGUCACUGGAAAUAGUCAAGGUGUCCCAGGCAAAGUCAAGGAUCACCAGCAGAACAAAAAUGCCAGCUCCAAUCACCCUGCUCGCACCAAGGGCGUCUACUCCAAGGCGGUCAAAUUGGUCGUGGACGACACAUCAAGUCUUUGGAAUAAGCCAGAGUUGCCACAAUGGGAAGACGAGGAGGAUAACAAUGGACUAAAAUCCAAAGACUCACAUCCAUCGCAUACGCAGAAGAAGCAGGACAAGAAGCAGCAGAAUAUCCAUUUGGUGCUUGUGACACAUGGUCUCCACAGUAACUUGGGUGCAGAUAUGCUAUAUCUCAAGGAAAGCAUCGAUGCGACUGCCAGACAGGCCCGAGAAGACCGUAGAAGACGGCGACAGGAACAAAAAGGGUCCAAGAAGCAGAAUGACAACGAACAGAAGGAUGUAUCCACAGCACCUCUGUCUGGCGGCCAGGACCAAAUAUCUGACCACGAGGACAAGGACGAGGCCGACGAAGAGCAAGUCAUUGUUCGCGGUUUCGAUGGCAAUGUCAUUCGCACUGAACGCGGCAUCCAAUACCUAGGCAAACGAUUGGCCAAAUACGUCUUACGUCUGACACAUCCUGAUCAACCAUUUUUCCCCAUCAAGAAGUCCAUGGGGCAAAAGUUGUCGAGCACAUUCUCUCCAGCCAAGGACAAAGCGGAUGAGGGCAUCCCUGCACAUCACGGCAGUACGGUACAGCAGCAACCGUCGCCAGAGGAACCGUUCAAGCGCGCGUACAAAUUCACGAGCAUAAGUUUUAUAGGUCACUCUCUUGGAGGUCUUGUUCAAACGUAUGCCAUAGCGUACAUCCAAAAGCAUUCUCCAACAUUUUUUGACACGAUCAAGCCAAUCAAUUUCAUCGCAUUGGCAUCGCCGUUCCUCGGCCUCAGCAAUGAGAAUCCCAUCUACGUAAAGUUUGCUCUGGACUUUGGCUUGGUUGGUCGAACUGGACAAGACCUGGGCUUGACCUGGAAACCUCCGACAUUGGCGAAAAGUGGCUGGAACGCUAUGGUGAGUGGGUUUGGGGGUCAGUCUCCGAACCAUCGCAGCCAGGACGAUCCGGGAGCCAAGCCACUGUUGCGCAUUCUGCCGACAGGCCCAGCACAUGUGGUCCUUCGCAAGUUUCGUAAUCGAACACUCUACUCCAAUGUAGUUAAUGACGGUAUUGUUCCCCUUCGCACUAGCUGUCUCCUCUUCCUUGACUGGCGAGGUCUUGGUCGAGUGGAGAAGGCCCGCCGAGAAAAUGGACUCAUUGGGACUGUGGCUGUAUGGGGAUUUGGACAGAUUACAGGGCAGAACUCCUCGCCGAAUCCGUCGCGGGUAGGCCUGACCGACGAUGCUGGAUCGGGCACGGAGUCACCAACAUAUAACAGCAACGACACGACUGUUCCACUACCUAGCGAGGAUCUCACCAACCAAGAUGACCAAACCCAGACACGAACUUCGAUAGAGCCUUCGGCACAUCAGUUUCUAGAUGGGAGAAAGAAAGCACCCGAUGGCGAAGAAGAAGAAGACGAAGAAAACGAUCAGUAUUUCCAACCUCAGAAUACUCUGAUGCAGUUGUGGAGCUACAUUCGACCUACGGGUAAGCAUACAUCAAGAGAUAAGAAGAUGUUCACUCGCAGCCAAACAAUUUACCAGGAGGAUGGAGAGGAGGCGGCUAAUCAAGGCGAAACGGAGGCAACGGACGGUCAGGAUGCUCAGCAACAGCGGAAAAGACCUCAAGCUACCCGAGGAGAUUCUAUAGCUACCAACAGCUCCAAAAGCGCGCGAGCUCCACCAAAGACAACGAUUUUUGAGUCAGCUGGCGAUAUUAUCAAUCCGCCUGUUCCAACAUCAUCGUGGAUCAACGACCCUUCAUCUCGUGCUCGUACUAUCUUCCAUGACCGAGUGUAUCAUCCCGAAGACAUUCCUCCGCCCCCUAUGAAGAAGAAGGCUGGCAAUCGGUCGGUUUCAGGAGACAGCACGAUGUCACAAGCCUCCGCUGCGAGCGUUGAUGAAGGCGUGAUGCGUGUCGAGGAGAAAAUCGCUCGCGCCUACCACAAAGAUCUCUCCUGGCGCAAGGUGUUGGUGCGAUUAGAGCCUGAUGCACACAACAACAUUAUUGUCCGGCGCAUGUUUGCCAACGCCUACGGUUGGCCGGUGAUUAAGCACCUCUGUGACACCCAUUUCGCAGAAACCUACUCCGCGCAGACUCGUGAUGAAAAUGAGUCGGCUAUUGAUCGUGCAGCCGGUGUCGAAGUACCUGUCAAAGAAGACGGCGAACAUGUCAAGGGCCAGGAAGACACGAAGCCCCCUGUCGACCGAAGCGAAAGCGAGAUGCGAGAAGUAGCUGAUGAGCUAGCUCCUCUGAAGUCCCCAGGAGUCAAGUAUCCAAAGAGGAUGGACACUGGAGAUUCUGCGCGUAGCAUAGGCUCUGUGGAUUGGGAUAGUAUCUACUUUGAAGGCACGAGCGACGAGGAAGACGAUAGCGACGACCGCACUGCGUUUCAGAAGUUCUUACAACUCAACAACCCCAUGGCUGCAAAGAGUUCGCCCCUACACUUGCCGACUGCGGCACCGCAUACACCUGAUACCAACACCAAGGGGACGAGUGAUGCAGAGAUUUCGGACUUCCUGCACGGCGCCUCGCCCAUGGAUGUUCACAGAGGUCUUGGGGCUAGUCCGAGUAGUAAAUCGAACAGGUCGGCGAGUCGUGAGCCAGAUGCGUCACAGCCCAUGGGAAAUACCUUUUUAGGCCAGGGAUUGAUAACCGCAAGCCCGCCUGCAUCGCCGACGGGCAAUCUGAGUCAAGUGGGCUUAGCACCAAGCUCACCAAAAUCCCAACGCGUGAGAAGCGGGAGUACUGGAGUGGGUGAACAAGUGGCUAAGAUGACGAAGCUGGGUGAAGAUGCCAGUGGCUGA